AUGCUCCACUUCAUCGGCCUGGGUCUCGCCGACGAAAAGGACGUCACCGUCCGCGGCCUCGAGAUCAUCAAACGCGCCGAGCGCGUCUACCUCGAGGCGUAUACCGCCGUCCUACUGGUUGACAAGGAGACAUUGGAAGCAUUCUAUGGCCGCUCUGUCAUCAUCGCCGACCGCGAAAUGGUCGAGUCGUCUAGCGACGACAUCUUGGCCGAUGCCGACAAGGUCGACGUCGCCUUUCUCGUCGUCGGUGAUCCCUUCGGCGCUACCACUCACACCGACCUCGUCCUUCGCGCGCGCGAGCUCAACAUCCCCACCAACACGGUGCCGAACGCCAGCAUCCUGACCGGUGUCGGCUGCACCGGUCUGCAGCUGUACAACUUCGGCCAGACCAUCAGCAUGGUAUUCUUCACCGACAAUUGGCGCCCCGCCUCCUGGUACGACAAGAUCCUCGAGAACGACGCCAUCGGCCUGCACACCCUCGUUCUGUUGGACAUCAAGGUCAAGGAGCCGAAUCUGGAGGCUCUGGCUCGCGGCAAGAUCAUCUACGAGCCGCCGAGGUUCAUGUCCGUCGCCCAGUGCGCACAGCAGAUGAUUGAGAUCGAAGAGGAGAAGGGCAACGGCAUCUGCGGAAAGGACGCCCUUGCAGUUGGUGUCGCCCGCGUCGGUGCUCCCGACCAGACGAUCGUGGCGGGCACGCUCGAGCAGCUCAGCCAGUCUGAUCUCGGCAAACCCCUCCACAGCCUGGUCCUGAUUGGCAAGAACACGCACGACUUGGAGAGAGACUAUCUCAGGGCAUACGCCGUGGACCCGCAGACAUUUGAUGAUGCGUGGGCAAAGAAGAAUGAGCGUAAAUGA